AUGGGGCAUCUUCUUCGCAGCUUAACGUCUCCCAGAGUGCGAACAUUUUAUCGUGUGCGCCACCGUCUUGCCAUUGUGUUGUUUAUCAUUGCGCUUCUUCACCAGCAAUACCUUUACCUAAUCAGCCGAGAAUCUCUACGAGCGAAAUACGUCCCGACCAAGUUCGACCUAACAGCGAAACGCGUCGCAACCAACUUCAACCUGCGCAUCCACAAUCGUCACACACGCUCAUGGGGACCAGAAAAUGAAGAUCCGCAAUUAAUAGCCAAUCUCUUGGAAAACCGCCAGCAUUGGAGGCUUCUGGGAAACGGCUGGGAGGGACGUGUGUAUGUCUACAAGGACUCCGUUAUUAAGACUUUCGACACAGUACGAAGUCCUUUCCGAAACUGCGCUCCUGCCAGCUAUCCAACCGAUAGAUGGCCGACAGAGAUACCUGCGAGCCUCUACUUUGGAGGCUCUGCUUCGACUGCUGCUAACGAAACUGACGAUACCGGAAAUGCAAAGCCAAGAUACGACGGCUUUCUUCCCAUCAAGGCCCACUUCAUAGCAUCCAACUCCCCCGGAAGUCCAGAAGAAUGGCACCUAGUCACACCCCUGGCAGAAGGCGGCAACCUUCUCACACUCGCCCAGAAGCUCUCCACCAACCCAAACGUCACAUCCUACCGCACCAUCGAUGCCCUAUAUCGCCCCGCUUUCAACCGCUUCCUCUCCAUCCUAUCAACCAUGCACAACGCAGGCUACUGCCACGAUGAUGUCAAGCCCUCCAACAUCUUCAUCCAAGGAUCCUCGGACUGGCUCCUCGCCGACCUAGGCAACGUCCGCGAAGUAAAUCAUCCAUACCACACAUCUCGCAUCUGGAGAGACAGCAAGCAAGUCGCUGACUGUCGCUCCAACGACGUUACGAGGGCACUGCGAUCCUACCUCAAGUUUCUGCAAAUGUCAAUGCUCAAUCAAGAUGCCUUCAACGCUGCGCUGUUUCGAGGCGAAGAACCCAUCAGCAGGCUCUUUUGGUGGACCAUGGCCGACGCAGAGACUAUGAGUGCCGACGAGUUGCGGCGUCGCUCGUUGGCUGAGGAUCCGGAAGCCAUGCCGGCGCCUGAUACUCGGAAUCGUGUCCAUGUUCCUGCGCGCACAUCUGCCCUGUUGAGGUGGGCGGCGAAUCCGGGCUUGACGAGAUUUGCGGUUAAUUACUCGCUUUGGACUACCUUGACGGAAGCGAGAGCGAGGAUUUGGGCCUUGGUUUGGUUGAUUGAUUUGCCUGGGAUGCAGAGUUGUGAAGUUUGA